AUGGCAAAGCUUAUCUGCCUGGUGGCACCUCUGCUAGUAUUGGGGAAUGUUUUCAAUAUCCAUGCCGGGUUUGCCCCCAACCUCAUCAUAGAUAUAGCAAAAAUCGUCAUGGACAAUUACUGCUCACCAGAGAAGCUGGCGGGCAUGAAGGAGGCUAUUGAAGCAGCCGGAAGCAACACGGAGGUUCUCAACAUCCCAGACGCUGAAACCUUGGCGAAUGUACUCAGUGCUGGAGUCCAGACCACAGUCAGUGACCCACGUUUGAUGGUCUCCUAUGAGCCAAACUAUGUCCCUGUGGUUCCCCAGAAGAUGCCUCCCUUGCCCCCUGACCAGGUAAUUGCCGUCUUGCAAACUUCGAUCAAGCUCGACAUCCUGGAGGGCAACAUCGGCUACCUGAGGAUCGAUCACAUCCUCGGGGAGGAGGUUGCUGACAAGGUUGGCCCUUUGCUCCUAGACCUGGUCUGGAAUAAAAUCCUGCCAACCUCAGCUCUCAUCUUUGACUUGCGCUACACCAGCAGCGGGGACAUCUCAGGAAUCCCCUACAUUGUGUCUUACUUCACCGAAUCUGAGUCUCUGAUUCAUAUUGACAGCGUGUAUGACCGUCCCUCAAACACCACCACGAAGCUGUUUUCUAUGGCAGCACUGCUGGGGGAAAGAUACAGCAUUACCAAACCCCUCGUUAUCCUCACCAGCAAAAACACCAAGGGCAUUGCCGAGGAUGUUGCCUACUGCCUCCAGAACCUGAAGAGGGCCACCAUUGUGGGCGAGAAGACCGCUGGGGGCUCUGUGAAAGUAGAUAAAAUCAAAGUGGGCGACACUGACUUUUACGUUACCGUGCCAACUGCAAAGUCCGUCAACCCCAUCACCGGCUCCACCUGGGAGAUUACAGGUGUAACCCCUGAUGUGGAGGUCAACGCCGAGGACGCCCUUGCCACCGCCAUCAAGAUCGUCAACCUCCGUGCCCAAGUUCCAGCCAUCAUUGAGGGAUCAGCGACCCUGAUUGCCGACAACUACGCCUUUGAAGAUAUUGGUGCUGAUGUUGCAGAAAAGUUGAAAGGGCUCCUGGCAAACGGCGAGUACAGCAAGGUUGUCUCCAAGGACAGUCUGGAGGUGCAGCUGUCCGCUGACCUGAAGACCCUGUCUGGGGACAAGAGCCUGAAGACAACCAGCAACACCCCAGCCCUGCCACCCAUGGAUUAUUCUCCAGAGAUGUUCAUUGAGCUGAUCAAAGUCUCCUUCCAAACUGACAUAUUUGAGAACAACAUCGGAUACCUGCGUUUUGACAUGUUUGGAGACUUUGAGGAGGUCAAGGCCAUCGCCCAGAUAAUUGUUGAGCACGUGUGGAAUAAGGUUGUCCACACUGAUGCUCUGAUCGUUGACCUCAGGAACAACAUUGGUGGCCCAACAACAGCCAUUUCAGGCUUCUGCUCUUACUUCUUUGAUGCCGACAAGCAGAUUGUGCUGGACAAGCUGUAUGACAGACCAUCCGGGACCACCACCGAGCUCCGGACCCUGCCUGAACUCACAGGCACAAGGUACGGCUCCAAGAAGAGCCUGAUCAUGCUGACCAGCAGAGCGACUGCCGGCGCCGCAGAGGAGUUCGUUUACAUCAUGAAGAAGCUCGGCCGCGCUAUGAUCGUCGGGGAGACCACCGCCGGGGCUUCCCACCCGCCCAAGACCUUCAGUGUCGGUGAGACCGACAUCUUCCUCAGCAUCCCCACUGUCCACUCUGACACUGCCGCCGGGCCGGCCUGGGAGGGAGCUGGCGUCGCACCCCACAUACCCGUCCCGGCUGACGCCGCCCUGGAGACUGCCAAGGGCAUCUUCAACAAGCACUUUGCAGGCCAGAAGUAA